AUGCCUCUCCAUAUCAUUGCCGACGACAACCCCAGAAAACCUGCUUGGGGAGAACUUCCAUUGGAGGUCUAUUUCCUCUCUGAAUGGGAAAAGUCUCACCCAGACCCCUCACAAUCCAACGAGUCCCCGACAGACCGUCGCAAACGGCUUUUACGCCAAUUCCUCACAUUAGGAUAUGAAAGAAGAUUGAAUGGGUUACUCAUGGGGGGGGUAGUGCUCGACGAUGAAAGUAUCUUCGGUGGUCUGGAUUUGGCAGCCGCUCUGGAAAUAUUUCCUGAGCGUGUCACGAAUGAGGGUGUGUCUCUUAAGGUCAGAGACCAGGCACUCAGGGACAUAGUAGCUGCUGAACAAGAAGGCUCAGAUUCUGGUGAAGAUGACUACUCUGAUGAGGUCAAGGAGUAUUUAGCGCGGCAAAGGGCGAAACUAGAAGAGAACUCUCUUUCGAGGUAUAGUCUAUAUCAGGCUGAUUGUGUUGUUACUCAUAUCUAUGUGGAGGAUGAGGUGGCGAUCAACGGUGGAGGCUUAUUGCAUGUGUUCUUAGAUGAUUGUGGGAAUGUGGUGAGGCAGUGGCGGGUGCAUAAUGAUGGAUCAGAAGAUCAUUUUGAUGGCGCUUGGUUCGAGCGUACUUGGAAAGGUGACUUUGAAUGUGAUAAAGGAGAAAUUGGCCCUGCCUAUCAUGAGGGCGGAAGCCGAGGGCCGCCGUACACUAUUUGA